AGCUACCACACCAAGACCUAAGAUGUGGGCUGUGCAAAGAUGCUGAGAAAUCAUGCAACCAAGUGACGGGAAUAAAAUACACGGUCAAAGUGGGAAACACCUCCAAAAGUGAAAGAAUAAGACGACAAAGAUACUGUUGGAUGUUCAUGUACAGACUGACAUGUGCUGGAUCUUCAAGCUCAUGGGCAUCUAAGAAACCAUCUACAGAUGGUGAGGAGAGUUUUUUUUUUUUUUUUUUAGUAGAAGCAAGCAACCCUUCAUAAAGCAUUAAAAAACAUAUUUUAUUUUGUUUUAUUUUAUUUUAUUUUAUAUUUUAUUUUAUAUACAUUUUUUAUAUAAAUAAAUAAUAAAUACGUAUUUAUAAAUAUUUAAACCAAUUGGGGUCAAGGAACGGGACAAACUCUGCCCCGGAAUGGUUUCUAUGGUAACAAAGCCCAAAUCCUACGUCACUUCCGGAAAGGUUAAAUUCGCUGAGAGAACCACGGUGUGCGACUGUGGAUGAGUAAAGCAGAACUGCUGACUUCAUUCAUUUAUUCCCUUACUUUAUCAUUCACAGUUGUUAGUAUUUCUCCACUAUAUAACGUUAGCUUGUCUUGACAGGUGUAUGUGUUUUUGCAGUUGCUUGGAAUAAAGGUGUGCACAAGGGUUUGCACACCUCAUAUCAGCUGGACGUAAAUGCAGGGCCUGCACUGAGCCAUGUCGAUAUCGGUGAUCAUUAAGUGGGGAGGACAGGAGUACUCUAUCAGUUCUCUGUCGGAGGAAGACACUGUUAUGGACCUGAAACAGUCCAUUAAGACGCUGACCGGGGUUCUGCCGGAGAGGCAAAAGCUGCUGGGACUCAAAGUCAAAGGUAAACCUGCAGAGGACGAGAUGAAGCUGGGCUCUCUGAAACUGAAGCCCAACACCAAAAUCAUGAUGAUGGGAACUAGAGAGGAGAGCCUGGAAGAUGUUUUAGCUCCUCCCCCAGAGAACGAUGAUGUCGUCAAUGAUUUUGAUAUUGAGGAGGAAGUUAUUGAGGUGGAGAACAGGGAGGAGAAUUUGGCUAAAAUUGCGCGUAGAGUAAAAGACUAUAAAGUGGAAGAGCUGAAUCCUCCAAGAAAAGGAAAGAACCUGUUGGUUCUGGAUGUGGACUACACAUUGUUUGAUCACAAAUCCUGUGCAGAAACGGGCCAGGAGCUGAUGAGACCAUAUCUGCACGAGCUUCUGACAUCAGCUUAUGAGGAUUAUGAUAUUGUCAUCUGGUCUGCCACAAGUAUGAAGUGGAUAGACGCCAAAAUGAAAGAGCUGGGAGUGACAGUCAACCCAAACUACAAGAUCACAUUUAUGCUGGACAGUGCAGCCAUGAUCACAGUACACACCCCGAAACGCGGAGUGGUGGAGGUUAAGCCUCUGGGUGUGAUAUGGGGAAAAUACGAUGAAUUCUACAGCAGAAAAAACACUAUCAUGAUCGAUGACAUUGGAAGAAACUUUCUCAUGAACCCGCAGAACGGACUGAAGAUCCGACCCUUUAUGAAGGCUCACCUCAACAGAGAGAAGGACAAAGAGCUGUACAAACUGGCUCAGUACCUCAAAGAAAUCGCCAAGCUUGAGGACUUCAGCGGACUCAAUCACAAACACUGGGAGAAGUACUUAUCGAAGAGGCAGCGCCACUAAGGAAGGACCCGCAAACACAAAUGCUCUCUCCGCUGGAACACAUUUUGGUUUGGCUUUCACAAAUCACGCAAUGUAAACAAAUUCAAAAGGAACUUUUUGUACAUUUAUUGAAGUGUUUGUGCUCGAAAGGUUCAAAAUCUAAAACAGGACUCGAACAAAAGUCGUAUAUCGCACAUUCUGAAGCCUAAGAUGACCCGAAAGUGUGUGAGAUCUAGUCUUCCAGAAUACUUUAAUGUUAAAAGAAAAAAA